GUACAGAUUCUAGCUUAAAGUGAAUUACAGAGAAGUGGGUAGUUCCCUUGGGUCAAACCCCCCCAAGGCUUGUUUUUCCUGAUUGCAUCUUGUUACUUAAAACCCUCGUUUCAAAGUUUCGUAGGGGCGACCAUUCCAAGUCCAGUUAGUUACUCCCAGUGAACACACACACGCGGAUUCUUCUCAUCACAUCGGUUUCCAGGAUUCACCACUGCUCUAAGAACUAGUAAAUACUCUAGGAGUCAGUCCUUGCAUGUAUGGUCAGGUUCUGCAUAUACUUUAUUCAAGUUUUGCCUGGCCAAAUUUGUGCUGCUGAGAAGCAGCCGAAACCACUUUCACAAGAAAGUCAUUGUUUCUGAUUUUUAGCAAGUGUUUGACAUACAUACUCACCCUGUUCCUCUGACCCCAGUGCUUUACCCCUGUGUAUAAAAAAGGUGUCGGGGGAAAUGACUAGAACUCAAGGGGUGGAGCCUCUAUCCUUUUACAGGAAACUACAAUCCUUUAAUGCGCCUGCGAGGCUCCCACGCCCUGGGAAAGGUUCCUAUCGAUUUGCUCUGUGCUCCGCAGCUCUUUCUGGCUGCAGGCAGCCAUCUUGCCUGGAGCUUGAGACAGGGAAGAGAGAAGGAACUGGUGACACCGGGCUCAGGGCCGCCCCGGGGGCCUCGGGAGCCAGGGGCAGGCCCGGAGGUGGUCCUGGGUCCUGGGCUAUGCUCUAGGGUCACAAAAGGGAGGGCAGAGGACAGAGGGCUUGAUGGGUGGAGAAUCAAACAAGAUUUGCUGGGUGGGGGAGGGGCGUUGCUGAGGCAACUGGAGAGGGCGGGGUCAUGUCUGAAUUGCUGCUGUGAGUCAUCGGAGUGCUGCCCAGGAAAGGCAGGGCUGGGGUGAUGACCAUGCUAAAGACCCAGUGGGAUUUCACGACAUCACCUGUGUGGAGGGACUUCGUGUCUAUGGCAACUGUCACCUGGUGGAAGGGGCGGAACUAGAUUUCCUCUGCCUGCGACGCCGGCAUUCCAAGCACUUGUCCUGCAGGCUCCCGCAGGCAGACGCAUCGUAGAAGGAAGCCAGGGAAUGGCCGCGGUGUGGCAGCAAGUCUUAGCAGUGGACGCGAGACUGAUAAUAUAGUUGGCUCCGACUGACCACAGCAGAGCUGCAGAUUGACUAUAUUAUCUCCAGAUUGACCUUUUCAUCAUAUCCGUUAUUAAUCAGAAUCGCCCCCAUCACAGUACGAUCACUCUUACCAUCCCAAUCACUGCCUAACACCUCAUUGCCUUGAGCUGAUUUAUUCCCUCUGUCCUGUGCCUGCUGCCUGCCCUGCCUCCUGGACCCUACAGGUACAACGCCUACCGCACACCAACGUUUCCACAGUUUCGGACCCAGUAUAUCCGCCGGCGCAGCCAGCUGCUGCGGGAGAAUGCCAAGGCUGGGCACCCCCCAGCACUGCGUCGGCAGUACCUGAGGCUACGGGGCCAGCUAUUGGGCCAGCGCUACGGGCCACUCUCUGAGCCAGGCAGUGCUCGUGCCUAUAGCAACAGCAUUAUCCGCAGCAGCCGCACUACCCUUGACCGAAUGGAGGACUUUGAAGAUGACCCUCGAGCCCUGGGGGCCCGAGGACACCGCCGAUCUGUCAGCCGAGGCUCCUAUCAGCUGCAGGCACAAAUGAAUCGUGCAGUCUAUGAGGACAGGCCUCCCGGCAGUGUGGUACCCACAUCGGUGGCAGAGGCAAGCCGGGCCAUGGCUGGGGACACAUCGUUGAGUGAAAACUAUGCCUUUGCAGGCAUGUACCAUGUUUUUGACCAGCACGUGGAUGAGGCAGUCCCAAGGGUGCGCUUCGCCAAUGAUGACCGACACCGCUUGGCCUGCUGUUCACUGGACGGCAGCAUCUCACUGUGCCAGCUGGUGCCUGCCCCACCCACUGUGCUCCAUGUACUACGGGGCCACACGCGUGGUGUCUCUGACUUCGCCUGGUCCCUCUCCAAUGACAUCCUCGUGUCCACCUCCCUCGAUGCCACCAUGCGCAUCUGGGCCUCCGAGGACGGCCGCUGCAUCCGUGAGAUCCCUGACCCUGAUGGCGCUGAACUGCUGUGCUGCACCUUCCAGCCCGUCAACAACAACCUCACUGUGGUGGGGAAUGCCAAGCACAAUGUGCAUGUCAUGAACAUCUCCACAGGCAAGAAAGUGAAGGGUGGCUCCAGCAAACUGACAGGCCGUGUCCUUGCCCUGUCCUUUGAUGCCCCUGGCCGGCUUCUCUGGGCAGGUGAUGACCGCGGUAGUGUCUUCUCCUUUCUCUUUGACAUGGCCACAGGGAAGCUGACCAAAGCCAAGCGACUAGUGGUGCACGAGGGCAGCCCUGUCACCAGCAUCUCUGCCCGAUCCUGGGUCAGCCGGGAAGCACGGGACCCCUCACUGCUCAUCAAUGCCUGCCUCAACAAACUGCUGCUCUACAGAGUGGUGGACAAUGAAGGUACCCUGCAAUUGAAGAGAAGCUUCCCCAUUGAGCAGAGCUCACAUCCUGUGCGCAGUAUCUUCUGCCCCCUCAUGUCCUUCCGCCAGGGGGCCUGUGUGGUGACAGGCAGUGAGGAUAUGUGCGUUCACUUCUUUGAUGUGGAGCGGGCGGCCAAAGCUGCUGUCAACAAGCUGCAGGGCCACAGUGCACCCGUGCUUGACGUCAGCUUCAACUGCGACGAGAGUCUGCUGGCUUCCAGUGACGCCAGUGGCAUGGUCAUUGUCUGGAGACGAGAGCAAAAGUAGGGUUCUGCCAGCCCUGCACAGCUCACUGUUCCCUCCUCUCUAGUCUUGUGCUGUAAAUAAAAUUUCUGUGGUUGUGUUGAGGGGCAACUCCCAGGUCUCCCACAAGGAGGCACUAGGGAGUACUGAGCCCUCCGGUGGAUUGGGAACGGCUUCCUCAGUUGUGCAGUAAUGUGUUCAUCCAUUCAACAAGCCCUGAGUAUCUGCUGUGAUGUGUCAUGUAGUUGUGCAGUCAGUAGACAGGAAUGAGAGUACCAACUGUGAUGUCAGGAACUGUUCUGAAAGGGAAGGAUACUGCUGUGGCCUCAACCAACAGAAAUCCUGCCCUUGUGGGCUUGCAUCCUAGGAGAGGCAAGCAUUUGGUAGAUGAAGUACAGCCAUUCCUCAGAGUAUAAUUUGCUUUAUAAUUUUUCAACUUUUUGAUCUUACAGUGCUACAGAAUCACACACAUACACCCAGUCUUGUUUUCUACUUUCAGUGUGGUGUUCAGUAAAUUACAUGAGCUAGUCAAUAUUUUGUUAUAAAUUAGACUUUACAUUAGGUAAGUUUGCCUACUUGUAGAAUAAUGUCAGUGUUCUGAGCGCAUUGAAGGUAGGUGGGCUAAGCUAGGGUGUUUGGUAGGUUAGGCAUGGUAAUGCAUUUUCAAUUAAGACAGAUUCAUCAAGAAGCAUCUGUAUAAAAGAGGAUAGUUAAAGAUGAGUGGCGUGAAGAAAAACAAAGGGAGGGAAGGAGAUGAGGUUGCAGGAACGGGAGGAGUGGGAGCUUCUUUCAGCAAUGCCAUCAGGAAAAAUGUUCCUGACAGGAUGGUGUUUUAAAGAUCUGAAUGAAAUGAGGGAGGUAACAGAAUAUCCUCAUCAGAAAGAGGCACCGAGACUGGAGUUGUCAGAGGAUGACCAAGCCGAGUGUGAUAGGUGACGUUAGACAGGGCUUUAGGGCUUCUUGGACCGUGGUGAGGAGCUUGACUUUUCCUGAUCCUGAGUGAGGCAGGUUGGAGUGAGGAAUCAGAUGGCCAUAGAGAAAUUAGGAGAGGGAUGUUGAAUUCAACCCCAGCGGCUUCAUCAGAUUAGGUUGUAAAACUUCCCAAGAUGACAGCUUCUGUGUGGGUGGACCUCACACUUAUAUGUGGCCCACAAACAGGGAGUAGAAGUGUUGAGUUCUUUGAGUUCUAGGUUGGCACGCAGGCAGCCAUGGACUCGGGCUGAGCUACAGCCCCUGCUGUGGUGAGGAAGAAAUAGAAAAUCUGUAAGUUCACCCCUAUCUCUUCCCAUGUCCCUCCAGGGCCCCAAUUUAAGCCCUGGACCAGGUCAGAGACCAAAUGCUAAUCUCCAAUAUUGGGUAUUAGCAAGGAAAUAAGUUCCAGACUUAUUGUCCAUGAUUAGAAUCAUGAAGAACUUUCAGUUUGAAGAAUCACUAGGGGCUCUUAGAGCUAGCUCAUCCUCCCAGAUUCAUAUGCUGCUACUUUUGCAUCAGGAGGAACUGCGGCUAACAUCUUGGGACCUCAGUCACCAACCUAGUAGCACAGUGUUGCUGAGCUGUGGAACUAGCAGCAGAUCUUUGAUUUUGAUGGAAGGAGAUAAUGCCUUGUUUGUUUAAUCUGUUUAUUAGUGUGAUCACUUGUAGCCAAAAGCACGUCUGGCUCCAUCAGACAGAUCUUAGGUAAAUGGUUAUGAGAUAAGGAUAUCUAAGUGAGCUGGACUGGCCAUGUUGUGUCAAAGUCGUGUAAGUGUGCCAACAUUCCUAAUCCAGCUUCAGGGUUAGUGAUUUCCUAUGAGGACUGUACAGUACAGUUGAAAGAUACAGGGAAGUGUAGCAGACACCAAUUAGAUGCUGAUCUUUAAAGGGACCCUCCCAAGACUAGCAGUUCAGAACUGUGCUAACUCUUUCCUGUACCAGACAGAUUCACGGCUUCAACCAAGCUCUAUAGGUAGCAAGAUAAUUGGGGGAAAUACCAGUUUUCUCCACUUCUGUUUCUUCAUGUUCUUCAUUCCCUUUAAUGAGUCUGGUUUCCGGGUGAUUAAUGAUGAAUUUUGUUUGCAUGAUUUUGGGGGUUUCCUCCUUGUAAAAUUUUUGAGGUGGCAGAGUUGACAUUCCACUUGGAAACUAAGCACUGUAAACAAGGAAGAAUAAAAUAAUGUUAUUGCUCAAA